GAGCUGUAGUGAACGCAGAGAGAGAGAGAGAGAGAGAGAGAAAGAGAGCAGGGGAAAGCUGAGCUCAAGCGAGAGAAGAAGGUUAGCCAGCAGCGAGUUAAGAAAAUGGCGAUCAUGCAGGACGAAUGCCUCCCCUCGUAGAUGCUGCAAAACGCGUUGAAAUUCUUGUAGCCUUACAACCGGCUUUUCAAUCCACUCGGUUGCACUUUAUACUUCAAUGAGAGAUUUGGAAUUGAAAGCUGUUGCCACCAAAGAAGCUGAAGCAUCGAAACAGGGAAUAAACCCAUAGAGGGAAGAACAGUGGAUGGAAGAGAGAGAGAGACGGAGAUUGUGACGAGGACGGAGGAUAAGAAGACACAGGACUGGUCAAAAGUGCCGGAUCAUACCAAGUCAAAGCAGAGUCCUCAAUCUAAACCACAUCCCCCCCUUCCCCCUCCCCACAUAUUCACGUACACACACACACACACACACACACACACACAUUCAGUCUUCAGCGAUGCCAAGAGGGCCCGAACAGCCUGCUGCCCGCUCUGACAAGCCCCGCCUCUUCACUUCGGACCCUUGAGGCAGCGCCCUCCGAGCUUUGACCUUAUACCCACCUCCCCCUCCCUUCGCCGACCUGGGAACCAGAGGCCACUUUUUCUCCGCUCAACCCGGGGACGGCCUCCUGCAGGAGCCGCAGCCUUUCACCGCACUCACAGGCAUGGCUCCCAUUCGGGAUUCCGUCAGCCACUCCCCUAAUCAAACAGGUCUGGAGCAUCCUGGCUUGGACUCGCAGUAUGAGCCUUCCCCCUGGUCCUCUGGCUCACCCUGCAGCGGUGACGGCAACAGCAACUGGAGUAAAGUCAUAGUGGACGGCAGCGCCGACAAACCCAACAACCCUUCUUCAACCAACUCGUCCGUUUGGCCUCCCUCCUCUUCUUCAUUCUCUUGCUCCUCGUCGUCUUCCUCUUCUGGCUGCGGGUCAGGAUCAGACCCAGAGUUGGCAUCAGAAUGCAUGGACGCAGACUCUAACUCCUCGAUCGGCUCAGAGAAAAACCUCGCCGCUGUGACAACGGUGAUGAUGUCAGCAAAUGCUUCUUCCUCUGUGUCUUCUACGGCUUCUUCUCCCUCCUCUUCUAUAGUGACUUCUGCCAUGAUGGUCGGCAUUUCAGUAAAUGGAGACAGCAACGGCAACAGUCGUCAGGUAAUCGGUGGAGGGAUGGGAACCACCAGCGGUGCAAAUAAUGGAAAUAGCAUCACCGGGUCCUCCCACUACUCUGUGGCUGGAUCCAGCAGUAUUGGCAGCAAUAACCACAACAACAAGCCCGUCAAUAAUAGUGGUGUAUGGGGCACCAACAUGAUCACCACAGGCGGAAGCACCCCCUGCAUCAAUGGAGGGUUAAAUCCAAACACUUUAAACCCAAAUGCCAACCACGGUGCCUGGCCGCAGAAUCCAAGCCCAGUGUCCCAGGGCCAACGGCCUCCACAGGCUCAGGGGAUGAGUUCCAAACUGGGUAUAGCUCCCCAACAGGGCCACGGACUGGGCUGGGGUGGCAUGGCAGCUCCAAACAGCAGUAUGAUGGAAGACACUGAGGCGAAUAAUGGUACAGCAAGCAGCAAGGUGUUAGGAAGCAGCAACAGUGGAAAUGGUGGCCUCGAGCCUACCAACCUUAACACUGAAUCCAAUGGACCAAAUAACACUAUUAUGAUGAAUACUACUACAACUACUACUACUAACGCCACAAUGACCUCUAGUCCACCAAACUCUACCGCCUCACCCCAACUCAGCGGGGAUUGCUCCUGGGGCUCUGUUGGAGGAGGGAAUGGGGUUCCGCUGGCCAAUGGAAACCCCUCAUCAGCCCCCCAGCACCCCCAAGGAGAGCUGGGCGGUCCUGGGGCCUUCGGUACACCUUGGGGUGCAACUACCUACCCUGGAGACAAGGGCACCCCAAAUGCAGACACUGUGAACCCCCAAAACCCUGCCUUAAUGCAGGCUGGGAACCCCAAAAUAUCCUCCACUGCUGCUUACAAGAGUAAUAAUAACCACAAUAAUACUGGGGCCCCACGCUGGGAACAGGGGCCCGCCAGUAAUCCAAACCAGCCUCAGAGCAACAUGUCCUGGGGUAUCGGCUCAAAUCAAAUCCCAGGCCCUGCAGGCCAAACACCAGGAAAUGGGAGCCAGACUCCGAUGGGCCCUCCAGCAGGGAUCCCUCGCCCUUGGGGGAGCAGCACGUCGUCCUCUUCCUCGUCAUCAUCGUCCUCUUCCACAUCUAACAAGACGUCAAAUGGAGACUGGGGAUCAGUACCUCCCGGUAACAACCAUUUAGAUCCUGGAAGUCGUAAAGGAAGCUCUGCCAACAAUGGCUGGAAGAGCCUGGAGGAUGACGCCAUGGGCAUAGGAGGAGGAGGAGCAGGAGGAGCAGGAGGAGGUGGUGGAGGGGGCGGAAGCCAUGGCCUGGGGAGUGUCACCGGAGGCUGGGGUCGCACUGGAGGAAGUGAAGGAAGCGGAGAGAGUUCCGGAGGCCGAUCCAGCUCAGACAGAGACAGCAGCCAGCCAAAAGGAGGAAAUCGCAGAAAAGUUAUCAGUCCUGCAACAGCAGUACCAGCUGUGCCAGCGGUUCCCCAGACCGACGUGGACCCGAGGGUCCUGUCCAACACUGGAUGGGGACAGACGCCCGUACGGCAGAACACCUCCUGGGAUGUCAAUUCUUCUGCUAACAAACGACUCCAAGCACCCAGAGGAGACGAAAGAAAGCAUAGCAGCGGAGGCUCCGGAUGGGGCACAGCGACACCGGCAGCUCCCUCCCAGACCUCUGGAGGUUGGGGGAAUGGGCCGGGCAGCUCAGGCCCAGGAGGUUCUGGCUGGGGAGAGCGGCCGUCUUCUGGGUGGGACAACAAAGCCCCAGCGAGUGGAGGAGGUGGACAGAGCAGCUGGAACGAUGGAUCCAGCUAUAGGGGCAGCAACAGUAACACCUGGAGCAAUAACAUAAACAAAGAUGACAGGUCCAAUACGUGGACUAAUGCGCCCAAACCUCAGCAGGGCUGGGAUUCUAAAGGUGGAAAUGGCAGUGAACGCUGGGGUAAUGGUGGAGAUGGCGCCAGAGCAGGGGGCAAAAACCACUGGGAGCCUCAAAAAGGUGCCAGCUGGGAGAGCGACAGCGACCGGUCCGGCUCUGGAUGUUGGAGCGAGCCAAGCCGAACCAACACCAGCAGCAGCGGCGGCGGCAACACCUGGGUAGGGAGCGGAGGAUCAAAUACCCCGGACCAGAGCACCCCGAACCCAGGCUCCAACUGGGGCGACUCGGUCCACAAACCCAAUCCUCAGAGUAACAGCCAGGGCUGGGGCGAGCCAAUGAAGAACAACCGUGGAGCCCAGAACUGGGCUGAGCCGAAUCCCAAGCCCUCUAACGAGUGGGGGAAAGGUCCUGAAUCCAACAUGUCUAGAGGCAAUCCAGCCCCUAACAAGCCCUCAGGCUGGCUGGGGGGCCCCGUACCCGCAGUAGGUACGAAGGAGGAUGUGUCAACUGGGUGGGAAGAGGCGUCUCCAGAGUCUGUUCGUCGAAGGAAUGAGAUCGAUGAUGGCACAGCAGCUUGGGGAGAACCUGGAAAACCUGCUAAAAACAGCGUUGGGGCUUCCACCAUGUGGAACAGGCCUGGCCAAUCAGACAAGGAGGCUGUGGGCCCGUCCACUCAUCACCAGAACCACCCGGCACGCAACUCCAUGCAUCCUCCUCAGCCCAUGCAGCCAGUGGCCCAAGACAAGAGUUGCAGUUCUACUUGGGGUGAGUCUUUCCCCCAGAAGGAGUCCUCAACGUGGGAACCUCCCCCCCCUCCGCCCGUUAAAGUGGACAAUGGGACGUCUGCCUGGGGGAAGCCCAUGGACACCAGCUCCACCUGGGAAGAACCCGGCAGGGAUAACCGAGAGCCUGCUGGACCUGGGCCUGGAUGGAGCGGCCAGCAUAAGCCUGUAGCUCCAGGACCCAAGCCCAUGGAGACAUGGGGUGGAGAGGAGGCGGCCAUGGGCAAUAGCUGGGACCAGGAAGAGGAGGUGGAGAUCGGCAUGUGGAGCAACAGCCAACAGGACAACAGGUCUCAUGACCAAAACGCCUGGAACUACAAGCAUAAAUGCGCCAACAAGAUGAACAAACCAGUCAACAAACAGGAGGAACCCUGGAUGAAACCCUUCAUCAACCAGUUCAACAGCAUGAGCUUCUCUAGAGACUCUCCCGACGACUCCAUGAAGGCAGGAGCAGGGAUGGUGCAGGACAAGCGUAUGGACAUGGGCAGUAUGGGCGACUAUAAUGGAGCAAUGGGGAAGAACCCUGGGUCUCGACACCAGCUCCACAAGGAGUCUGCCAUGGAUCGCAGCCCUUACUAUGAAAAGCUGUCCGUUUCCCCCUCUGCUUACAAUAACCAAGCUUCUGAUGAGCUCUCCUCCAAUCAAAGCAUGAGCUUUUCCCCUUCCAAUUCUGCUCAGCCUGUCCCUCGUCUUGAUUCUGGGCCGUCUCCUGCUCACUCUAGUCCCGGGGGCGCUCGGCAGAAUGUAAACCCUAUGAUGGGCAGCGGCGUAGCACAGGGCCGAGGCGGCCCCCAGUCCCAGGUCCCCCCCCAACCCAACCUCCGUAACCAAGUGCCUCCACCCAUCCUGCCCUCUCAGCUGCCUCCAUCCCUGUUGAAGUACCCGGGAGGUAACGGAGGUCUGAACCCUCUGUUUGGCCCUCAGCAGGUGGCUGUGCUCAACCAACUCUCCCAGCUCAACCAGCUGUCACAGCUCAACCAGAUCAACCAGUUACAGCGACUUCUCUUCCAGCAGCAGCAACAGCAGAAAGCUCAGAACCAGAGACCCAUGCCUGUGGGACGGCCGAAUGAACAGACUCGUCCUAUUGGUUCGUCUCCAUCGAUGAUGCAGCCGCCGCACCCCUCCCUGCUGAAACAGGCCCCGCCCCACAAACCGUACCUGGAUAACUACAUGUCCCACAACACCCCCGAGAUGCAGAAGGACGCUGCUUCUCUCGGAUCCUUCAGCAACUUCCCUUUAAGCUUGAACUCUAACCUGAAUGUACCCAUGGACAUAGGUGGUGGUGGUGGAGCUGUGAGCUACAAAGAGCCACCCCAGUCCAGACUGAAGAAGCUUUGGGCUACUGACCCUCUGGAGCAGAACAGCAAACCUGGUGCUAUGUCGUCUGGGCUGCGUCUGGAGGACUCUCCCUUCUAUGACUUCCUGUCUCCUGGCCCGUCUCCCCUGAGUCCUCCCGGCCAAUCAAUGGGCUCGGUGGGCGAUGGCUGGCCGCCCCGUGCCAACUCCCCCCUGCCCCAUGGAAACACUGUCACCUGGCCUCCAGAGUUCCGGCCCGGGGAGCCCUGGAAAGGUUACCCCAACAUUGACCCUGAGACCGACCCUUAUAUGACCCCCGGCAGUGUCAUCAACUCCCUCUCCAUCAACACCGUCCGUGACACAGACCACCUCAGGGACAGGAACAACGGGCCAUCCUCAUCACUGAACACCACGAUGCCUUCUAACAGUGCCUGGUCAUCCAUUCGUGCCUCCAGCCACAGCGGUUCCCUCACCAGUACAGCACAAAGCACUUCAGCCAGAACCAGUGAGUCAAAGUGGUCUCCCGGCGGCGGUUCUGUGUCCAACUCCUCCCUGGCCCACGAGCUGUGGAAGGUCCCCCUGCCUCCCAAGGCUCUCUCUGUGGCGGCCCCCUCCAGACCACCACCCGGCCUCACCAGCCAGAAGCCCAGCUCUGCCUCCUCCGGCUGGGACGGCUCUGCCCUGAGGCUGGGAGGGUGGGGCGCCACUGAGUCCAGAUACACACCUGGUUCCAGUUGGGGCGAAAGCAGCAGCUCAGGGAGAAGCCAAUGGCUUGUUCUGAAAAAUCUCACACCUCAGAUUGACGGCUCUACCCUGAGGACCUUGUGCAUGCAGCACGGCCCUCUGAUCACAUUCCACCUCAACCUGCCGCACGGUAACGCCGUGGUAUGCUACAGCUCCAAGGAUGAGGCCGCAAAGGCCCAGAAGAGCCUGCACAUGUGUGUUUUGGGGAACACUACUAUUCUGGCCGAGUUUGCCAGCGAGGAGGAAAUCAACCGUUUCUUUGCACAAGGGCAGUCAUUGGCCACUCCCUCCUCCAGCUGGCAGACCGUUGGCUCCUCUCAGAGCAGAAUGGAUCAGUCCCACAGCUUUCCCAGCCGCGCUCCUGAACCCAACCAGUGGAACAGCAGCGAUCUCCACAGCUCCUCCCUCUGGGGCGGGCCCAACUAUUCCAGUAGCCUGUGGGGGAACCCCAGUGGCACUGAGGCGGGGAGGAUCAGCAGCCCUUCUCCAAUCAGCUCCUUCCUCCCGGUGGAGCACCUGACGGGCGGCGGGGACUCCAUGUGAACCGCCUGCCAAUCAAACAGGCUCGAGGAAGGGUCAGUAGAGAAUUAUCAAUAAUCAGCAGAAGAAAAUGAAAAAAGAAAACAAAGUUUAAAAAAAAAAAACGCAAUGGCACUAGUCGGACUCUUUCUCACUUACAAGAUGUACAACAAACGGGGUCGCCCUGUGGAAAACAAGUUACGUUUCUCUCUCUGCACAUAUGUCCACUUUGUUUUAGCCCAAAAACAUAUCAGUCGGAAUACUUGAAUCAUGCAGGCCAAUUCUAUAAUGUGAACGGAUGGAUAUUUGCUUCCAGGUAGUGCUCUUUCAGACCGAAAAAAGCUUCAAUCGAGCUCAUUAUUAUAUAUAUAUAUUUUUUUUUUGUUUCAUUCGUCAUGUUUAUUUGAAUUCCAAUUCUUUUCAUUUUUAACGUUUUCUUUUUGGUUUUUUUGCAUUUGUUUGCUGACAAUGUUGGAGUAUGAGCUUUUUUAACUUUGCACUGAAUGUGGUUUUUUCUCAGUAUAUAUAAUCUGCAAUAUAGAGGGAGCAGCCAGUUUUUCCAGUGUAGCUGUUUACUCAUUGAGGUCCUUACCGUAUGUGUGUAUGCGCGUGCACAUGCACGUAUGUGCGUGGAAGUGCUUUGUGUGUGUGAGACUGCGUGCGUGGAUGAGUGUGUGUGCGCUCCUCUCUGCCUUGGCACGCCUACCUUACUGCGUUGUCGUGGAGUUCAAGAUCAACAGAUAGUUAACGAAGAAUAAAAGCUGACUUUGGAGGAUUAUCUGGUGAUAGAAAAAGUGACAUUAAAAAGUAUUGCACCAAUUUUGUUUCAAAA